AUGUCAACUGAUAGUUCAGAACAUGCACCUCUCUUGUCUCCAACCUCGCAUCGCCACUCUUCUGACACCGCGGAGCUCGCUCCACAGCCCGAUUCCAUGAACAAGAUUGCACACCAAAGGUCGCCGUCGGAGGCUAUCGCAGAUGCCACCAACAGGCAGACCUUGACUUUCGAAGACAAAAAGACCAACUCAAAAACACGGAGUCUAGACUAUAUCUUGCGGAGCGGUUUAGCGGGUGGAUUGGCAGGCUGUGCUGCUAAAAGUGUCGUAGCGCCUCUCGACCGUGUCAAGAUUCUCUUUCAAGCGUCCAAUCCACAGUACACCCAGUAUACUGGUAGCUGGGCAGGUCUCGCUGCCGCAAUCCGUGAUAUCAAGCAUUAUGAAGGCGCUCGAGGUCUUUAUAAAGGCCACUCCGCCACUCUCCUCCGUAUCUUUCCCUACGCUGCCAUCAAGUUCCUCGCCUACGAGCAGAUUCGCGCUGUCAUAAUCCCAUCUCUGGACAAGGAGACCACGAUCCGUCGCUUAGUCUCUGGCAGUCUGGCCGGAGUCACAUCAGUAUUCUUCACAUACCCCCUUGAAUUGAUGCGCGUACGAUUAGCAUUUGAGACGAAGAAAACAAAUCGAUCGUCAUUGUUGGACAUAUGUCGCCAGAUCUACCAUGAACGUGUUUCGCCUCCAUCCACAAAGGCAACAUCUCAAGCUACACCCGUCGCUGCAGCCGAAAAAGUGUCUUCGACCGUCAACUGGGUAGUCCCACGCUCAGGCCUGGCUAACUUCUACCGCGGCUUUGCCCCUACCAUCCUCGGCAUGUUACCCUACGCAGGCAUGUCCUUCCUCACCCACGACACAGUAGGCGACUGGCUCCGUCACCCAGCGGUAGCGAAAUACACAACCCUCCCGGAAUCAGAAGCAAGACCCUCAAAUACACCCUCACGACGACCUCAAUUAACCGCAGCAGCGGAACUCUUCUCCGGCGCAGUAUCUGGCAUCGUAUCCCAGAGCUUUUCAUAUCCCCUCGAAGUGAUCCGACGACGAAUGCAAGUCGGUGGCGCAGUCGGUGAUGGUCGUCGUAUUGGAAUCAUGGAGACAGGCCGCAAGAUCUGGCUAGAACGGGGAUUCCGUGGCUUCUGGAUUGGAUUGACUAUUGGGUAUAUCAAGGUUAUGCCAAUGGCGGCGACUAGUUUCUUCGUUUAUGAACGGUUGAAGUGGUCACUGGGCAUUUAG